UAAUUAUUAUUAUAAUUAUUUUGCUCUACAUCAAUACAGUAUCACGAAUAUGUCCUCUCCCUUGCUGGUCCGUGCGCCCUCGGUGCGCUUUGCAUUGUCAGUGAAGUUGCCUGAUCCGCUGCGGACGAACAUCCACCUUCUCCAAAGGAAAGAAGGAGGUGAAGAAAAUGCUUCAUGAACGGAUUUCACAACUGAAAUGUCUUCAGGGUGGAUAGAUACAGCAAUAGAUCGCGCACUAGAUUCAAAAACACUGAAAUGUUGCCUGGACGCCAAAGCGAAGCGAAGCUGGAUGGUGCUGUGAGGACAGAUCUCGUACGAGGCUUCAAACCAUCUCUGCGCUCCACGGGGAGAGACGGGCAUAAUUGGGAGGAAAAAGACGUGGAAAAUGUUUAAAGUUAGGCCGUGCCGUAUACAAAUGCAACCCCGCAAAACGCCGUCCCGCAACAGCUGCAGAAAAUGAGCAUGAAUUGAACGAAGAAUGCAUGUCGUUUGGGAUAUAGCUGUGAUUUUGCAAACAUAUAUCAUCUGCACGUCAUCAGCUCAGCCUAUUACAUCCAAGCUUGAUGAGAGUUGGUGGGCCUAUAAGGACGUUGUCCAGGGAAGCUUUGUUCCAGUCCCAUCCUUCUGGGGUCUGGUACACUCAGCCUGGAACCUGUGCGCCAUAGGGAAGAGGCAGUCGCCCAUCGACAUCGAGACCAGUCAUAUGAUCUUUGACCCCCACCUGACACCUCUGAAACUCAACACAGGAGGACGUAAGAUGGGAGGCACCAUGUACAACACGGGGAAGCACGUGUCCCUGCGGCCGGACAAAGCCCACCUGGUGAACAUCUCGGGGGGCCCGCUGGGUUACAGCUACAGGCUGGAAGAGGUCCGCCUCCAUUUUGGGAGCGAGGAUUCCCAGGGUUCAGAGCACCUCCUCAAUGGACAGGGCUUUCCUGGAGAGGUCCAGCUGAUCCAUUACAACCAGGAUCUAUAUGCCAACUACACUGAGGCAGCUAGGAGCCCUCAUGGCAUCGCUGUGGUCUCCAUCUUCAUAAAGCUCUCUGAAAACUCCAACUCCUUCCUCAACCGCAUGCUCAACAGAGAUACCAUCACCAGAAUCACCUACAGACAUGAUGCGUUCUUGUUGAUGGGCCUGAACAUAGCCGACCUUUACCCUGACACCACGCGUUACAUCACCUACGAGGGCUCCAUCACCAUCCCGCCGUGCUACGAGACCUCCACUUGGAUACUCAUCAACAAGCCUGUUUACGUGACACAGAUGCAAAUGCACUCCCUGCGCCUCCUCAGCCAGAACGAGCCCUACAAGAUCUUCCUGAGCAUGAGUGACAACACCCGGCCCACCCAGCCUCUGCUCCAGCGCUGCAUUCGAACCAAUAUCAACUUCAGCAAGCAGGGCCGUGACUGCCCCAACAACCGUGCCCUCCGCCCACAGUACAGAGUGAAUCAGUGGCUCCUGAAGUAGAGGAUGAACGCAUGUCAAGCUGCAGCACUACGAGAGGAGAGGCAGGAUUCGUUCAAGACUAUUUCACACUGCCAAACCAAGCUCAGCUGGACAAACUAGAGACCAAAUGAGCCCGCUGAGUGACCUGACCUGAAUGGACAGCUUAACUAAACUGAUCUCAGCUAAGCUCGACUGACCAAACUUUAACCAAUGUUCUGUGCUGGCCUCCAACACGUCUACAGUCUGAAAACAAGUUAUGUGGGCCAGCACAGUGAGACUACAGACCAGACUUUAGCUUCUGAUGUCUACAUUGCUGUACUGUGUUUUUAUUUGUUGCGUGGACUCACAAGGAUUGGAAAUGUUAAGACUCGCUAUAAUUUUCUUUGGCUGCUUUUCAGAGGGAUGGAUGUUAUCUAAAGACUACAGUAUGCUCUCUGAUAGUUGCUCAUCCACAUUCAAAGCCUGCCUACAGAAGGCUGCUAUGAAGAGGAUCAUCCACUGAUGGUGGUCUGAAUCCUUCAAGACAAAGAAACAAUCAUCUGUGGUAUGAUGAAAAAUAUCUGAAGAUCUGCUGGUUCUGGUAUCAAAUGGUAACUAUUGAAUUUCAGGCGACAUAGCUGAAGAGGGCAAAAAACACGGAGAGACAUUUUACAUUUUACAGACGUGAAUAGAUGGAGUCACUGGAGAUUGGAAAGGAAUAGGUCACUCCUUUUGCAUGUUAUUGUAAUAGUUCACCUGUCUUCAAAGAUGUUUAAUUACGAAAUGGUAACAGAAGAGCUCGUGUCAGGUCCCAUGCUUUGUACAGCACCAUGAAGGGCAGGCUUCCCCUUAACAGACACUAAAAAUGUUAAUACUGAAGGUCCUCUUCUACAAAGCCAGUCAUGACCAAACUGACAUUUUGUUAAAUCCCGCUCCAGAGCAAUCAUCUGUCCAGUUAUAGCUUAGCAGCUCUAAAUAUUAUGUCUGAGCAAGUACUCAGAUGAAAUGAGUAUCCAGAACAGGUAAUGUACUUGUCCCAAGUAUGAGUAUCAUUUGUGUAAAAUGUGUAAAAUAUCCAUUCUGAAGCAGAGGGGAAAUCCUUAUUGGGUGAUCUGUAAAUAGUUCUGAAUGGUCUGAAUAGAUCUGAAUCUUAAUUCUGUUCUGUAAAUAUUUUUCUAAUAAAAUAUGAAUGUGGAAACUCAAUUUCAGGCUUAAAUUAACCAAUUCGGGUAAGUAUCACCCAGUUCCAGUUCAAGCACAAUCCACUCCAAGCAUGGAUACUCAUAAUUUAGUUAGCUGAACAGAUACAGAUAGUGGUGAACUCAAUUCGCCAUAACAAUUAGCCCUGAGUAUGUUCAAAGGUUGAAGCGGUGUACAUACACGCUCAGUGUCUCAGAGUUUGGAGGAUGGUGUCCUUUCAGCACUUUCACAAAAUU